CCUCCUUCCCUCUGCAUUAGCUUGUCACACCAACAUCAAAAAUGUUCUCUCUCUCUCUCUCUCUCUCUCGACACAGCAAAGACCCAAACCACCGCCUAAUUAGAUUUCAUGACCAUUUCCUCUCAGCUCUAAGACGUCUAAAGCUCGCUGACAUCGGAGCACCGCAAUGACAACCCUGAAGCCGCUUUCUUUCCUACUCUUGCUGCUUUUCCUCCAAGUGCGUCUUUCAGCUCUGUUGGAGGACAACAAGAUCCCCCCCAGUCUGUGCACCGGCCACCCCGGCAUCCCGGGCUCACCCGGAGUUCACGGCAGCCCUGGCCUGCCCGGGAGAGACGGACGGGACGGAAGGGAUUCCGCUCCGGGGGAGAAAGGAGAGAAGGGGGACACGGGAGCUCCAGGUGAGACGGGUGAGCGAGGACUGACGGGGGACAAAGGCGACCCCGGAGAGAGAGGCCAAAAGGGCGAGGCGGGACAGUGCGCCGUGGCGCCCAAAUCGGCCUUCAGCGCCAAAGUGUCGGAAGGCCGCGACUUGCCCCUUCCCGCGGGCCACACGGUGGUCUUUGACAAGAUCCUGCUUAACCAACAGGGCGACUACAACCCGGAGACGGGCCGCUUCACGUGCAAAGUCCCCGGCGUAUACUACUUCGCCGUCCACGCCACUGUGUACCGCACCAGCUUGCAGUUUGACCUGAUGAAAAACGGACACGUCGCCGCUUCCUAUUUCCAAUUUUUCGGCAACUGGCCCAAACCCGCGUCGUUGUCGGGCGGCUCCCUGCUCCAUGUGGUCCCUGGGGACCAGGUGUGGGUCCAGAUGGCUCUGGGCGAAUACAACGGAAUCUACUCCAGCACUAAGACAGACAGCACCUUCAGCGGCUUCCUGGUGUACUCAGACUGGAAAAACUCUGCGGUGUUUGCAUGAGAGCUCAAAACUGGCAAAGGGUUUUACUAACGAGAGAUUUUUAGAUGGCGAAGAGAAGUGAAUACGUUGUAGUUGUGUAACAAACAAGAAAAAAAAACUCACGACAGGCACAUACUAAACUGCAUGAAAUGUUUUUUUAGUGUCUACUCUUGCCUUUAGACUGCAGUGGAACACAGGACGGCUGCCCAUACGGAGCCACAGAUAUCUUUUUUUUUUUUUUCACACCGAGUAGGAGCACAAGUACAUUUGAGUAUUCACUGAUCACGCUGUUACAUUUUGAGAUUGUAUUCAAUGUGUGGUUUACUUUAGUUUGUUAUUCAAAUUGUGUUCAAAAAUGCGAAAAAAAAAAAAAAACAUUUUGGAACGCGACAUAGGUUUAAGACUCUUAAAAGUAGCAACUAUCCCUUAAUGACAUUUCAACAUCCGACUGCAUAUUUUUUUUACAUUUCCUACAGCGCAUUUGACUUAAAUGUACCCUGUAACACGAAAAAAUUUCAGUUAUGCUGUCUCGGUCUGAACGUGAGAGGCCGAUAUUUAAAAAAGACUACAUUAAGUAGAUACGAUCUGAUUUGUUUCCAUCUUGUGAAAAAAAAGGUCUCUAGAAAAUGAAUAGAAAUCGAGAAUAUUAAAACAAGUAAAUUUGUUUUAAAAAAAAUGAUAAACUCAAAGAGCAAAUAAAAAAGUCAAAUAACGUCAAGUUUAAGGCUUAAAAAAUCCAGAAUGGACCUGUUGUUUUCUUAACUGUACUGGCAAUGUUCAAAGUACAAUUUAGACAAAAGUCCUACAAGGAUAAAAGAAGAAGAAGAAGAAUGAUUGCUACGAUGUCAAAACAAGAAAAAAAAACACUCAAGUUCAAUAACGAAGUCGUAAUCUUGGGCCUCAUAUCCUAUAUAAAAAUAGUAUUAUUAUUUAUAAUAGCUAUUGAUUCAGUCACGUUCACUUUUUAACAUUCUAUGACAACAUACGCAUCCAUGUUGUACGCUGACAUUGGAGCAACUGAGUUGAAGUGAUUCUUGUGAACUCCCAUUUUUGGGGCUGGUCCCUAUUUUGGAAGAAGUGUUGUGAAAAGCCAAAGGAAAAAAAAAACCUGACGGCAAUUGUGAGCUCCCCGCAUGGCAACAGUCUUAGCUCCAAUCUUUGUCUUUGGAAGCCUUUUUGUCAGAAAAAAAUCCCAAAACAUUUACAGUCUGAAGUGGAACUCUUGGUUUUUGAGGUUCCACUGCGUGGUGGGCAACAGACAAUUUUUUUUUUUCAAGAACUUUUAAUUUGCCAUCCUGACAACGGCUGCUCAUUUGCAGCAAUUUGUGUACAGUAAAUAUGAAUAAAAUGUAAAACAUUUA